ACAAGAUAAAAAAGAAGUAACUUAAUAUUAUAAAUUGCAUGUCUUUAUAUAAUUUCAAAAACAGCUCAACGAAAAUUAGAUGUUUCCUGCACUGCGUAUCGUAAAAUAUGUUACUUCAUGGCGAAUCACGACCUAUAACAAUAUCGAAUUCUCCUCUGAAAAUUUUUAUGAGUACUUGGAAAGCAUUUUGUGUAUGUUUAAUUAAUUAAUAAACAACAAUGAUCAAUACUCGACUCAUUUUUAAGAUAAUGUUUUAUUAAAUCGGUUAUGUAGUUUAAUGAACUAUUCGACAUGAAAUGCCGAAGAUUUGAAUAGUUUUUACAGUUAAGGAUACAUGUAACAAUCAAUAAUAUCCCAGUAACUACUUUUGUUAAUAAAUGAUAUACAUGAUGGCUAGUAGAGAAACAUCAAUUAAUUCAAAAAAUUCGGACGAUCACAGUGUGGAGACAUUGGCAGAAGUCUUCCGAUGUUUCAUUUGUAUGGAGAAGCUGAGAGAUGCACAUCUUUGUCCUCAUUGCAGUAAAUUAUGUUGUUACACAUGUAUUAGACGGUGGCUAACAGAACAACGCUCUCAAUGUCCUCAUUGUAGAGCUUCUUUACAUUUGCAUGAGUUAGUAAAUUGUCGAUGGGUUGAAGAAGUGACACAACAGCUGGAUACUCUUCAAGCUGUUGGUAUCUCAAACUCUAGACAUGAUGACUCAAAUAGGGAUAGGUGUACCGUACAUCAUGAAAAGCUAUCUGUUUAUUGUUGGACCUGUCGUAGAUGUAUAUGUCAUCAGUGUGCUUUGUGGGGUGGUACCCAUUCAGGGCACACUUUUAAGCCAUUAGAAGAAGUAUAUGAACAACAUGUUACACAAAUAAAAGCAGAAGUUGGGCAGUUGAAAAGAAGGUUAAUGGAAUUGAUUAGCCUAGUACAAGAAGUGGAACGUAAUGUUGAAUCAGUAAGAGCUGCAAAGGAUGAAAGGGUCAGAGAAAUUAGAGGUGCUGUAGAAUUGAUAAUAGCACGUUUGGAUUCUCAGCUGAAAGCUAAAUUAUUAACAUUAAUGGGUCAAAAGAAUUCUUUAACAUUAGAAACAGAACAGUUAGAAGCUUUAUUGCAAGAAGUGGAACAUCAGUUACAUACAUGUACUCGUUCUGAACUUAUAAUCAAAAGUUCAGAACUUUCAAGGAUGAUACAUCAAGUACGAAAAAAACCAAUGACAAGUUUUGUCACUGCCCCUGUACCAGCUGAUUUUCACAGUGAAAUUGUACCAGGAUAUGAUAGUGCUACAUUUGCAAUGCAAAAUUUUACACAACUGCAAUUAAAAGCAGAUCCAGUAUAUUCUGCACCCUUGCAUGUUAAUGGAUUGUGUUGGAGAUUGAAAGUAUAUCCUGAUGGAAAUGGUGUUGUACGUGGAAAUUAUUUAUCGGUUUUUUUAGAAUUAAGUGCUGGUUUGCCAGAAACAUCAAAAUACGAAUAUCGAGUUGAAAUGAUACAUCAAGGAUCUCGUGAUACAAGUAAGAACAUCGUACGAGAAUUUGCUUCUGACUUUGAAAUCGGUGAAUGUUGGGGUUAUAAUAGAUUUUUUAGAUUAGAUUUACUUGCAACUGAAGGAUAUUUAAAUACAGAAUUGGAUACUCUUAUAUUAAGGUUUCAGGUACGUCCACCGACGUUCUAUCAACGUUGCAGAGACCAACAAUGGUAUAUUAGUCAAUUAAUUACCGUUCAAAAUCAAUAUGCUACUCAAAUCAAUGAACUCAAAGAGAGGCUAGCAAUAGAAAUAUCACGAAAUGCAAUGGCAGCAACCAGAGUACCUAGUGGAGCCACAUUAUGUGGAUCUGCGUCAAACAUAGCACCUGUGAUGAUGCAACAACAAUCACAAGCUGCUGGAGAUCCUUUAGUCAAUACUAACACUACCCGUUCUGUUGAAACAUAUCCAAACGGUACAUGUACAAGUAGAUCAGUGCAGAAUGUGCUUCCUGGAGGAAGUAAUAACAACGCCUUAGUGGGUGAUCAACUAAUGCCUAUGUGUGAAAUAGGAGAACUCUCUAAUAUGCGUCCUCUUGGCUCCACUUCAACAUUAUCGUCCAUUUCAUCUAAAACAAGUUUAAAGCAACAUAGAAUAAAUAAUUUAAGCGUCGUCGAAGCUGAGUCGCCCAAUUUACACAGUACAAAUGAUGGUUCAUCUGGAGAUUGUCCGGCAACCGAUGCCCACUCUCCAUCCCCGUCUUAUUCGUCUCCGACAGUACUUAAUCAACAACCAUUGAAUCUUUUAUCUAGUAGCAGCAGUAGUGAUAGUGGAGAAUUAAGCGAACACGAUAUAUAUUUGGAUGAAUGCGAACAUAAUGAACCGCAUUUAACACUUUUAGAUGAUAAUUCUAACGAUGAAAACGAUGUAGACGAUGAAACUAUGUCAGGCGCAAGUUCAAACAGAGGUUCUGUAGGGGAUGUACAGAGAAUCAGACAAAGAGAAAACAAGUUAGAUAAAGGUGAGAAUGAUGUAGAAGUUGCAGAAUCAUUAACACUGUGGAUUCAGAAUAAACAGCGCACAAAGCAACAAAGUAAUCGAGAUAGUACAGGAGACACUUGCAGAUUGCGCGGCAAUGAUAGUUUAGAAGAUGAAAUUAUGCUACUACAUUUAUUCGAAAUGCAAGAUCGGAAUUCUGCCUGGCCUCCUUUGUGCUUUAAUAACCAACAUGUGGAUGAUACUUGUGAUGCACGGGCAUCUUUGACAAAUUUACAUCAUAAUUCCAGCCCUUUACACUAUAAUGCUACACUGCCAACUCAUGGAUCAUCAACAUUUUCACACAAGCAUCGUGAACUUGAUUCAGUGUGCAACGAACAAUUUUCUGAUAAACGAUCAACGUGUCCUUCGCACCUUUGCCAACCUCAAAUGAUGUGCAAUGGUAGAUCCAAACUAAGUCAAUUAUCUAACAUUUGUCAACAAGAUGUUUCCGGAUUAAUAGCUUGCGGGAGUCAGACAAGAUCUGAACCUGCGACUCGCUCAAAUUCAAUAGACUGCGAAAAAGAUCUUCCAAAAAUAUCUGUAGCUAAUAAGAUGAAUCACGAAGUAGAAACUACUAGAUCAGAUUUGAUAGUGCCAAGUGUAGUGUUGGACAGCAACAAAAUUGUAUCAAAACAUUUAUUGUCGCGGAGACAGUCUUCGCCGUCGUCGUCCAGUAACGUUAGUAUUGUAAAUAACGAAAAUAGUAAGAUAUUUGAAUUCGAACAAUUACUUGAAACUAUUCAAUUAUCUCCAAUAUCUCAGAAAGACACUGCCAGCUGUUUUAAUAAAUUAAGGAAAAAUAUUUCAUCUGAUGGAAAAAAUAGCGGUUGCACUGUUACAAAUAUUAAAUCUACUGCCCUUUCGUUAGGACCGGAUGUUCCAUCGUCGUCUACAAGUAAUGCAACAGAUGCUAUACCCAGUCCCAACAAUUAUAGCUGGGCUCCUGCACUAUAUCAGCACAAGCAUAGUCAGAAGAACAUUUUAGAGGCUACCAUGCAGAUGUCUUCUAAUGAUACUUCCAAUAAAUGCACUGCCGAAAAGUCAUUAGAAGAAACUAAUUCUUGAAAUCCCUUUUAAAUUACAUCCGUUGUAUUUAACAUUACAAAUAUACUGUGAUUUUUAUUUAUCUAUACAUUAAUAUUAUUAAAGACGAUAGAAAAGUAGUAAAAAUAUUAAAAAUUAGACUUCAUUUCUAAAUCUAAUAACAUGGUAAGUGUAAUGUUCGAGUAACUCCAAUGCGUUUUAUAGCAGGUACUAAUUUUUAUUGAUGAACACAAAAUAUUACAUGUACUUAUUAAUGUUGAAAAAAUAAUACCGUACUUGCUAUGAAACAACAUAUUCAUAUACAACAUAUAGCUGUAACUGGAUAUUAGUAACAAAUUAAUUCUUCUUUCAGCUUAAAAAGCAGACACGAAAGAAAAUAUGAUAAAUAUCAUUCCAUAUUAAGUAGUUCAAUUUACAUUAUUUAUCAUUAUUUAUUAUAUGCGUGUAUAUUACACUUUCAAAAAAAAUCAAGUUUAUUUAGACUAAAAUAUUAAUAUAUUGUAUAGUAUCUAAAUACUCAAUGUUUUAUUUUUUCAAUGGUUAUGGUAUUACAAGUAUAGUGACAACAAAUUUUGUAUUGUUCUUAUGUGGUUGAUUGCAAAUAUACCUACAUAAAAUGAGCACAGCCCAUGACAGAAAAA